GACGCUUUCUUUCCCCGGAAAUAAUGAGAUUAACUCGAAAUCAUAACGUUAGAGCACCGAUUGAUUAUCGGGAAUGUUUGAACGACCGAUAACAAUAACCUGAUUCUGACAGUGAGGCUGCUUAUGAAACCGCACGGCUGUUAACAGAAAGGGCCCAGUUAACGUUCAGUGACAGCGAAAAGAUAUGCUUCCCUUGUGCUGUUGAAUUGUCUUGGUUUGCCGUUUUGUUAUGGCUACAAAUAGCCAAAUCUCAGCAAUAAGUGACGGUAAACGACUCUGGUCAUAUUUCCCCUACCUGUAAUGGAUUGACAUUGAAACGAGAGACGAAUAUAAAGGAGCUUGUAAAAGUUCCUUUUCCCUGCAGAGCAGUAUGGAGUGGCCGGGGGAUUUUCCUGAAGACCAUGCCUUUGUGGAGCUGCUGGUUCCAGGGGUUUCCAGUGAGCUGGACUUUGAACAGCUCCUAAAAGACACCGAGGAGAAACUCAAUCUCAAUGCCAACAGCAUUGAACAGCAGCUAAAGGAGCUCCAGGCCAAAAUGGGAGACUCCCGGGAGCGCCCGCCGAGCCCUUCAGAGUGCCAGCAGUGGUUCAACGUCAGAGCGCACGACAGUUUCAGGCCUGUUACCACGGGACAUCAAGAGCUCAUGGAUUUCUUCAGAGCUUUGAAACAGUACCUGAUGUCUGAAGAGGAGGGGAAAGAGGAGGUGACACUUCAAGUACUGCUGAAUGUGUCUGCCCAGUGUGGUAUCUGCUUUCCCUGUACCCAGCCUCCCUCCUCAUCACUGACUGCCUCCUCCAUCCACUUGGUUCAUACAGUCAGAGAUGACGCUUCCUACGAGAUCCAGGAGGCCUGGGAUGAUGUGCGUCUCCAGCUGCGCUGCCACCUGCUGGACCGGCUGUCUUCCAGCAGCCCAGACCAUCCUGGACCCAGACAUAUUUCCGUCCCUGAACGGGUCCACUGUCUGCAACAGCUGUUUUUCCUUUACCCUGAGUCGGAGGUGCUCACACAUUACCAGGGCCUGAGAAGCCGAUCUGUGCAGGUUCUUCUGCUCUCUGCCCUGAGCUCAAGCCCAGGCGGUGAGACCGGCUUCGACAGACUGGCUAUAGGCUUCCGCUCUGUGGUCCCAGCUCUGACCCAAGCCCUCACAGAGGAGCUCCAUGUUCUUUCAAGACUAGCAGAACCGCACACCAUCCUGGGUUUCCUUAAUGUGGCCUACCUCAGCACUGUGGCCCGAGAACUGGCCUCCCUAAUGGAGAGAGAAUGUGAGACGGCCCUGAGAGACAACACCACGCUUACCAACAAGAUCAAGAAAUAUUCAGCCAGGUCGCGGGCAACCGUAGCGCCAAUGGAGCUUCCCAUGAAAAACAGGAGCUUCAGUUUAACUUCCCACCAGUUGAGGGCGUUAACCCAGCUGGCCUGCACCCUGCUGGGGUUUGAGAGGAUUGUGAAGGAGCUGGUCACCAAUAUGACCUUUAUUGAUUGUACAGGGGAGACUCCCUGUGUAAAAGGCAUCUUGAAAAAGAAUAGAGAGGAUUCAGAGAUGACAACAAAUUGCAAGAAAUCCACAGCAGAAACACUCCACACACCAGAGGUGCAGGUUUUGGAGUUUGAUUGGAGGUCGGCAUUUAGGGGGCUGGUCCCACACAUGGCGCAUUGUGUUAAAGUUGUGCUGGAUGAAGUUUGUGCCAAGAGUCUACAGCAGGAAGAGGCCUUACAUUCUUCCGGACACACUUCCGUCACCCUGAGCCGCGUUCUUGGACACGCCGCCGUCACUGCCAACAACACUCAUCUCAGAGAAGAUUUCUUCUACACGUACUCGGAGAGAGAGACUCCCAAAAUGAUAGCCAAGUUCUGUGGAGCAAUCACGACUGAGCUGGAUGCCUUGCUACCCUUGGCAGCAGCCUGCAGAGACAGCUCUCUCCUGGAGGUGCGAUCAAGCUUUGUGGAAGCGUGUAGCAGGGCAGUGUUGGCGAUGCUGGGCCGUCUGCAGGAGAGGGCCCUGAAGGUACCAUCCUCUGCACCCCUGAGGAACCUGCCUGCUCUGCUGGCCACUUGCAUUUAUGUGAACCAACGACUGGAGCACUAUCAUGCCAGGCUGAAAGAUUCAAAUAGUACUGCAGCUAAGGUACCCCUGACCCUGCUGCCGGUUCAAAAGUACCAAGAUACAGUAGAGGCCUUGAGAGACCAGCUGAGCAGCUACUGUGUCCAGGUUUGUUCCACCUGCAUUCUUCAAGAUGCAGAAAGUCACCACUGGGCUGACCCCAAACCUUUCUACGAGGGUGAGCGCUGUUCCUUCUCGGUGCAGAUGUGGUUCUACUUCCUGUGUGGGCUGCGUAGCGACCUGUGGGCCUACCUUCCGGCAGAGAUGGCGAAGGAGGUGCUGGGCCAUGUGCUGUAUGAGACUUUACAGCUGCUGGUGCAAAGAUAUGCCAGGGCUCGUCCUUCGUACAAGAGACACCUGCAAAUCAGAUGUGAUCUUACAGCAGUGUUGCUGUAUGUGGAGCAGCUUAUUUGGAGUGUGUGUGAAAGUCCCGAGGCCUUGGUGCGCUCCAGUCCUUCUUCAGCUAAUGCCAUAAUAGCGGGCAGACCAGGCUGGCUAUACCAAAUCCACAGCCUGUGUGAGCAACUCCUGACAGUCCUCGUCAUUGUCACAGCACCCCUAUCUUUGCUGUAUAGGAUAUUUGCGAUUAAUCCUGCGAAAGAGUCCACACCACAUCAGCCUGACAGCCCUGUUGUCCACUGGCUAAAUGCUAUCAACCCUGACCUCUUCACAGAGCAGGCCGUACGAGAUGGCCUUAUGGGCCACGCGGCCUCUGCAUGUCAGCUGAGGCUACUGACCUCUGACCCAGGAUGCAAUCCCAGGUUGCUACUGCGAAUGCUGCUGUACAGAGAUUGUCACCUGCCCAGAUUACUCCUGGAAAACUCUCAUUUUUGCCAAGAGAGCUCCAAGGCAGGAGAUGACUUCAUAGUCGUAUUGUUCAACCUCUUCAGUUGCCUGAAUAGCGUUCCCAAGGCCUUGACUCAGUGCCUUCAACCAUACCUGGAAAGGUCACACAUAUGGGAACAUCUCUACACACUGGCAGAUACAACAAGGGCUGUACCUUCAGUGAUCAGCUGUGUCCGGGCGAUAGUCACCAAGGCUACCAACAGCCUCCUGGUACACCUGGUCUCCAUGGUGAUGGGUUGGCAGGCCACAGAGGAGCCCAGUGGAGCCUCGUUCAAGCAGAAUGUACCAGAGAGCGUCCUGGCUAAAAUACCCAAGGAGUGGAACUACACACCUCUGGAAGCACGGGGAAAGGAGACCAAGACUGCCAUAUCCAUAACUAUUCAAGCCUUGUCCUUCAUUUUCACCAACCUGCCUUUGGCCGUAGCAUCCGUGCCUCUCCCCAUCCGCUUCCUCUUCCAAGUGGCAGAGAAGCACCUCUCCCAGCAUGCCCGGCAGCUGCGCUUAAUGGGCCUGUUACUCUGGGCCCUGUUAGGCUGUCUGAUCCAGGGCCUGGAGGACCCAGACACACUGGAACAGAUCAAUGGUCUGGCCCUGGACUGUGGGGCAAAGGAAGCCCUUGUCCUGCUGGCUGAGUGCCUGCAGGCCACCAUGGGCAUUCAACAGAAGGGUGUUCCAAAACCCACAGUGCACAAAGUGCUGCAGGCUCUGGAGGAAAAAAGACCCAAGUGGACAAACAUGCAGCUGCAGAAGGCACGCAAGCUCUGCUCAGACAGUGUAUUUGAGCGAGGAAAGGAAAGCGGAGUCGCUGCGGCUGAACUGACUGAGCAGAAAAUAGGCCUGAUGCUGCUGGAGGUCUGCCACAAAGCAGGUGGCAGCGACUACCUGAGGCAGAUCUAUCACAUCAUCCAAGGCAAUGAGGAACUAUUGAUGUUUAAACUAAGUGGAAGCACAAACUCGCCCAAUAAUCCUCCUCACUUGGUGAACUUUGACCUCGGCUCUGAUAGUCAUGCGGACACUGCCGGUUUCAACCCUCUCCACCAGUUUGACCACAUUGGCAAGAAGAAGCUGGACCAGAGUGCAGUGGUGGACUGGGCAUGGGACUGGCCGAGGCUGCUGCCAGCCUAUCGGGGCAUGAGUCAGGUCACCUUCACAACUCUGCUGGCCAACAGGUGGGAGAUGCAGGAGAAUGCAGAGCUGGAAGACGGAGAGAAAUUUAUGGUAGAGGAACUUCAGAAAGCCUAUUUUGUUUGCUGCUGCGGCCCGGGACCGCAGGACCCUCCCGAAGCUGAUGAGACACUGGCAAAGCAGACCCAGGGGGAAACGCAACAAUCCGAUAAAAGUGUUGCCCAAUAACAGCCCAGGCAGUUGGAAUUUUUAUCAUGUUGUAAAUGUUUGCUUGUAAUACUCACUUGCAGCUCUCAAGGUAGCAGAGUGUGUGUGUGUGUGUGUGUGUGUGUGUGUGUGUGUGUGUGUGUGUGUGUGUGUGUGUGUGUGUGUGUGUGUGCACAUUUGUAAGUGUAAUUGGGUUUGUGCAUGCACUGUGUGCAACGAGUUUGCAUAUGUGUGUGCAGGAAAACAUGAGUGAGAGAGCGGACAAGAAACUGUGGAACAACAAAAAGAGUGAGGGAGACGUUGCUUCCCUCUUUAUGCACACGUCUCAGCCAAACUUUCUGUGCUUUUCAAUGCUGCAUCAGACACAUUUCAUCUUUUUGAAACGCAUCUCCAGAAAUCAGUUCUGGGAAAUGGAGAGCCUGGAUUUGUUUGCCUGGGACAAGAUGGGACUGUGUGAUCAUUGUCGGUAGUUGAAGUUUUUUUUGGUUUUUUUUGAGACAGUGAGUGUAAAGACGUUGGUGUCAGCAUACUUUCUCCUGGUUUCUGAAAGAAAACAUCAAAUAUUACGGUUGGGAAGCAAGAUGAUGUAUGUUUUGAUUACGCUGUGUCCCAAACAUCUGCCCCACUAUGUAAUAUCAGUCAGUAUUUUGUGCAAACUGAGAAAACAUUUAUUUUAUGUGUAAUAAGAUUUGCUCAGUAUAUUUUUCCAAGUUUGUCCAUAUUUAGUUAUUUAGGGACUUUAGUAGUUAUUUAUGAGAUGUUUUAGAAUUACACAUGGAAAUAAAAUGCUAUUCUUACUUCAACAAUUAAACAUGCUUGGACAUUGUGUGUGACCGCUGUACAAUCCAUAA